GGGUUGUGUGUUAAAGAUGGCUGGACACAAGAAGAUGAAACUUAGCUUCGGAGAUUAUCUAGGACCGUUACCUCUGUCCUACACGGACAUUCGCAGGGUCGCCGCCGAACAUGCAGCGGACCGACUGACCAAACUCCUGAACAAACAGUGCGGCGAGCUGGACAAGGGGAGCAAGCGCUGUACAAAACAAAGGACCGUCAAACUCAAGCCAACAGUGGACCACCAUCUGGAGGAAAUUAAAAAACCCAAGUUGAAAAGGCGACCAGAGCGUCUGGACAUCGACGACAAACACAUCAAGGCCGUGACAAGGUCAUGGUCGUACGUCGUCAAGUACCAAGAUGUUCUCGGUCCACGGAUCAUUAGCUUUUACCUAGACCAUUGCCCCAACCACGCCCAGUUCUACAACAACCUCACUUCCGGUAGCCUCAGCUCCAACAAAGAUGGCUGCCACCUCAUCAAGCAGAUCUCUGAGGUCCUCAAGCAUAUCAAGUCUGCCAGUGUGUUAAAAGAUGUCAUCGCCACAAAUUUUGAAUGCCUGUUACGUGCGGGUUAUACCAGGAAAUCUAUGCAGGAGUGCUGUGAGAGUUACCUCUCCUUUAUGAAGGAGUAUCUCCCCUCACCCUGGCCCGAGGACGUGGAAAAAUCCUGGAAAAUCCUGCUGGACCGGCUCAUUGAUUUCGCCUUUAAAUAUUGCCUCAAUCCUAACUUAGGGAAUCCUAAGAAAAAAACUGCAUUCAGACGAUCGCUUCCGUUAAGGCGAUGACAUUUCAAUUAAUUAUCUUGUUCAUUUUCUAUUGUAAGAUUUACUCCAGAAGCUGCUGGACCUAAUUAUUAUAAUACUAAUUAAGACACUAAUAAUUAUGAUAAUUAAGACAAAAAAUGUUUUGUAUCAUAGUUCUGAUAAAUAUAACCUGAGUAUCAUGGUUCUGAUAAAUAUAUCCUGUGUAUCAUAGUUCUGAUAAUAUAUCCUGGGUGUCAUAGUUCUGAUAAUAUAUCCUGUGUGUCAUAGUUCUGAUAAAUAUAACCUGAGUAUCAUAGUUCUGAUAAUAUAUCCCGUGUGUCAUAGUUCUGAUAAAUAUAUCCUGUGUAUCCUAAUUCUGAUAAAUAUAACCUGAGUAUCAUAGUUCUGAUAAAUAGGACCUGUGUAUCAUAGUUCUGAUAAAUAUAACCUGUGUAUCAUAGUUCUGAUAAAUAUAACCUGAGUAUCAUAGUUCUGAUAAAUAUAACCUAAGUAUCAUAGUUCUGAUAAAUAAAACCUUAUUAUCAUAGUUCUGAUAAAUGUAUCCUGUGUAUCAUAGUUCUGACAAAUAUAACCUGUGUACCAUAGUUCUGAUAAAUAUAACAUGAGUAUCAUAGUUCUGAUAAAUAUAACCUGUGUAUCAUAGUUCUGAUAAAUAUAACCUGAGUAUCAUAGUUCUGAUAAAUAUAACCUAAGUAUCAUAGUUCUGAUAAAUAAAACCUUAUUAUCAUAGUUCUGAUAAAUGUAUCCUGUGUAUCAUAGUUCUGACAAAUAUAACCUGUGUACCAUAGUUCUGAUAAAUAUAACAUGAGUACCAUAGUUCUGAUAAAUAUAACAUGAGUAUCAUAGUUCUGAUAAAUAUCUAAUGCGUUUGUGCUUUUAAGAAAUUUCUCGUGAUUUUUUUAUAUCCAUUUAAAUUUAGCUAGGUCUAAAAUAUUUUUGUAAAAUAAUGUGUUUAAUUUUGUUAUGAUUUAUUUAAAUUACUAUGCGAAAAAAUAUUUU